AUGAUGAUGACUGGCCGUGUGCUGCUGGUGUGUGCCCUCUGCGUGCUGUGGUGCGGUGCCGGCGGGAUUGUGGCCGAUGAUGCUGUUCCUGCUGAAUUGGAAAAAGAAAAUAAAUCCGAGAGUUUAAAAGAUGAUCCUUCAGUUGAUAAAACAGAUACACAUGAACCACAAGAAGGAAUGAUUGCAACUCAACAAAACGGUUUGGCCCUAAAAUCUACAACAAACCCUCUCGAAUUGGAAGAAGAUAUGGAUGAGGAUGAAGAAAAGGAAGAUGGAAAAGGAAAAGGAAAGGCUGAAAAGGACACAAGAAGUACGGAGCAAACAGAGACACAAAAAAGUUUAACGAAAGAUGGAGAAACAUCGAAAUUAACAUCGGCACCAGGAACACCGUCAACACCGAUUCCACCGGAAAGAGAGGGACAAGAAACCCCGUCAGAAACUCCACCAGGUCCACCAACAAAUGGAAAACCAGCAGAAGAAACAGGCCCACCAGCAUUAACAGGCUCGCAGAAUGCAGCUGAGACAACAAGCACGACGUCACCGUCCCACAGUAAAACGGCGCCUGAAGCAGCAGAAACACCUUCAGGAAAUGGUGAGCCAAACCAGCACAGAGAAGACGCAGAAACACCAGACUCGAUGAAGGAUGGACCUACAAGUCUUCCAGCGGAAACAGCAGUAUCAUCUGUAUCUAAAAGCGGCAUUGGUGGAACCCAGAAAAGGGAGGACAAGGUUGACGACAGUGAUCAACGGCCUAACACCAAAGAACCACAAGACGGAAUCGAAGAUGGUAAUACCAACGUUGCUCCUACAUUCAGUGAGACUGCACAAAAAACACCAGAAACAAUCACCGUCGCCAAAACAAAUGACACGACGACAACUGGCGACAGUGACGGCAGCACCGCGGUCUCCCACACCACCUCCCCUCUUUUGCUUCUUCUUGUUGUUGCGGCUGCGGCUGCGGCUGCGGUGGUGGCCGCGUGA